AAUCCCUGCUAUAGCUAUAGCCAAAGGGCAGCUACGUGAGGAAAACAGAAGCAAGCGGCCGUCGGCUCUCGUCACUAUGAUGAAAGUCGCGCUGUGCCUCGCAGUCGCCUUUCUCGCGGUCUGCAGCGCUGACGGAGCCUACCGUGAGGAGACGCAGUCAGACUCCUACUUCCAGUCACCCGAAGAAGAAUACAUUCCUCCUCCAGAACAAAAGUCCUUCGCGCAGCAGAAAUAUAAUGCUGCGGAUGUCUCCGUUUCGGGGGCGUACGAUCCCGCAAUAGACGGCGUAUUGUCGCAGUCCCAACCGAAGGAUGGUCCCGCGGGAGACGAUGAAUCUCUACCGCAGGACGAAAAUUUCGACUUCGGUGCCUUUCUACAAUCCGAUACACCGCAGGAGGACACGUUUGAACCCAUGGACGAUGCAUUUCUGGAAUCCAAACCGCAGGAUAACAAUAUCGCCUUCCUAAAAUCCGCACUACAGAAUGAGAACAACUGGGAUCCCGAAGAAAAUGCCUUUUUAGAAUCAAAACCGGAGGACGAUUUCAAUCCCGAUGACAACGCCUACGUAGAGUCCGAAGUUCUGGAUGAAAACAAAUCUGAUGCCGCGUCACUGCCGCAAGGCGAUUUCGAUGCUUUUCUGAAAUCGAAACCUCAAGACGACGAUGCUUUUCUACAAUCAACACCGCAGGACCAAGAUCCCGAAGACGAUGCCUUUUUAGAUUCUCAACCGCAGGAUGACGAUCCCGAAGAUGCCUUCUUCGAGUACCAACCACAGGGCGAUUUCGGUAGUGAAGACAAUAGCUUUCUACAAUCCUUACCGCAGGACGACGAUGAAGACAACGCAUUUCUACAAUAUCUGCCGCAAGGCGACGAUUCAAAUGAGAAAAGUGCCUUUGUGAAAUCUCAACAGCAAGACGAACCAGACGAUGCCUUCUUUGAGUCCCAGCCACAGGACGAUUUCGAAUUCGAAGAUAACGCCUUUCUAGAUUCCCUACCGCAGGAGGAGGAUGCGUUUCUAGCGCAAGACGACGGCGACGGCGACUCCUAUCUAGAGUCCCUGCCGCAGGAUGACGAUGCGUUUCUAGCGCAAGACGACGGCGACGACGCCUAUCUGGAUUCCCUGCCGCAGGAAGAUGCUCAGUACAUGCAGGACGAUGAUGAUGACGACGGCGGAGUCAACUCGCAAUCAAUACGACAAAAACGACAGGAAGAAGACGAUGCGUUGUCUCUCGCACAACAGGAAGAUGAAGAGCCUGUGGUUUCUUCCGAACUAUCAGAGUUGGACGAUUCCCCGAUCGCACAGUCUGAGGUCGGCGGUGCUCCGGCACGCUCGCAAUGGCGUUGGCCGUUCAGACGACGAAAAGGACGCAGGAGGCGGGGCCGAAAGCGCCGUCGCCGAGGCCGGAGAAGACGCCGGCGCCGAGGUCGAAAGCGGCGCCGGGGCCGAAAAUCACGAGGCCGGGGGCGAAAGAAACGGGGCCGAAAAUGGAUGAAAUGUUGGUGCGAGGGCGGACUUAAAACCUACGUCCAGGAAAAAGCGGAACCCUCAGUGUCGCUGGUGCAACAAGAAGACGAAGAGCCGGUGAUUUCAUCGGAAUUAUCUGAGCUUGACUAUUCCCCGAUUGCGGAGUCUGAGGUGGACGAUGAAGAAGGUAUUCCAGUACGCGCGCAGAAGCGUGGAAAGCGGGGUCGAGGCCGGAAGCGCGGCCGUGGUCGAAAGCGGGGCAAGAAAAGGGGCAAGAAACGGGCAAGAAACGGGGCAAGAAACGGGGCAAGGGUGGAAAGAAACGGGGCAAGGGUGGAAAGAAACGAGGCAAGGGUGGAAAGAAACGAGGCAAGGGUGGAAAGAAACGGGGCCGAGGGGGAAAGAAACGAGGCCAAAGCCGCCGAAAAUUGAUACGGUGCUGGUGCAGGGGUGGAGUAAAAUCCUAUAUUCAGGAAAUAAUGGUACCAUAUCCAGUUUCGCUGAUGCAAGAUGAUAAUGAAGAGCCGGUUGAGUCUUCUGCUACCUCCACAAUGCAAAACUUCCCGAUCGUAAAAUCAGACGAGAAUGCCCCUGCUAGUGAGCAAAUAUUUGGAAGUUUGCUUCGAAUGGGAUCCAGAUUAGUGUUGAAACCUGCGCUGAAACGUGGGCUGAAACAUGGACUGAAACGUGGACUGAAACGUGGGGCUAAACGUGGACUGAAACGUGGGGCUAAACGUGGGCUGAAGCGCCGAAUUCGGCGUCGGGGUAGGCGCAGGGUUCGGCGACGAAGAAAUCGUCGCCGUCGCCGCCGUCGUCGUCAUCGCUGCCGACGUCACCGGCACUGCACUUAUCGCAGGGUGCGACGUCCGUACAAUACGUAUUGCUGGGUACGCGUACGACGUCGCUACCGUAUGUAUCGCACGGUACGACAACCGUACUACGCAUAUCGCUGGGUGAGGGUACGACGUCGCUACCGUACUUACCGCUGGGUACGACGUCGCUACUGCCGCCCAACAUGACGGUGAAGUUAUACAGCAAACAAAACAAGUGGACAAAGAACAAUGUUGUAGAUAUAGAAAUGUAGUUGAGUUGGGCAUUAUUGUAGAGUCAUGAAACUUUAGAGCAGUAGAAACUCUUUGAUUUGUAUUAUAUAAAUUUUGUAGUUCUAUAAAGUGUGUUAUAUCGGCAGUUGAAUUGAGUGCAGAAAUUAAUUUUCAUAUGCAUGUCACAAUCAAGUGAAAAACAUAAUUAAAAAACUGAG